CUAAUUAAUCCAGCCGAUAAGCCAAACAUCAUUAUCAUCAAGAAACUCGAUUCACCUGAUCUCAUCGUUGAGUGGUACUUGCAAAGCAGUUACACCUCGGGGCAUCAUGUUGCUAGGUCAACGACCUUUUGGUGCGCCCGCAAAGGGUGCGAUGCCAUGCUGGAAGGCUGCUCGGCACGGUGGGGUCGCAGGUGUUGCUCGUCGUCCAGUUGCAGUCAAAGCUGCGGCAAGCGUGGGGUCGGAGAAGUUCGACUACAUCCUUGUGGGAGGAGGGACGGCAGGUUGCGUUCUGGCAAACAAAUUGUCCGCUAAUGGCAGCAAGAAGGUUCUUGUUCUUGAGGCUGGUCCAACCGGCGAUGCUAUGGAAGUGGCCGUACCGGCCGGUAUUGCCCGUCUCUUUGCACAUCCAGUUUUUGACUGGGGUAUGUCCAGUUUGACGCAGCAGCAGCUGGUUGCACGCGAGAUCUACCUUGCUCGCGGUCGCCUUCUGGGCGGUUCCUCUGGGACCAACGCAACGCUGUAUCAUCGCGGCACCCCCGCUGACUACGACAGUUGGGGCUUGGAGGGCUGGACGAGCAAGGAUCUACUUGAUUGGUUCGUUAAGGCCGAAUGCUAUGGAGACGGUCCCCGGGCCUUCCAUGGCCAGUCCGGUUCUAUGAAUGUGGAGCAACCGCGUUACCAGAACGUCCUGCACGACGAGUUUUUCAGGGCUGCUGCGGCAGCUGGAUUACCUGCCAACGAGGAUUUCAAUGACUGGAGCCGGCCGCAGGAGGGCUAUGGGGAGUUCCAGGUGGCCCAGAAGAACGGUGAGCGCGCGGACACGUAUCGGACCUACCUCAAGCCGGCUAUGGGCCGCGACAACCUGAAGGUGAUGACCGGCGCGCGUACGACCAAAGUGCAUAUCGAGAAGAGCUCGACGGGUCCACGUGCCCGCGGUGUCGAGUAUGCUACCCAGCAAUUUGGGGAGCGCUACACCGCCGAGCUGACUCCUGGUGGCGAGGUUCUCAUGUGCACCGGUGCCGUGCACACACCGCACCUACUGAUGCUUUCGGGCAUUGGGCCGGCGCCGACCCUCCUUGAGCACGGACUCGACGUGAUAUCAAGCCUGCCUGGCGUGGGUGCCAACCUGCAGGAUCACCCAGCCGCGGUGCUUGCUGUCCGGGCUAAGCCCGAGUUCGAGGGACUGUCGGUCACUUCGGAAAUCUAUGACAGCAAGUGCAACAUCCGGUUGGGCGCCGUUAUGAAGUACCUGUUCGGACGCCGCGGGCCACUUGCAACCACAGGCUGUGAUCAUGGCGCUUUUGUGCGCACUUCGGCCUCGCAUUCGCAGCCGGACCUGCAGAUGCGAUUCGUGCCCGGUUGCGCGCUGGACCCCGACGGCGUGAAGUCGUACAUUGUGUUCGGCGAGCUGAAGAAGCAGGGCCGUGCUUGGCCCGGCGGUAUCACGUUGCAGCUGCUGGGCAUCCGCGCCAAGAGCAGGGGCAGCAUCGGUCUCAAGGCCGCGGAUCCCUUCAUCAACCCCGCCAUUAACAUAAACUAUUUCUCCGAUCCUGAGGACCUUGCCACGCUUAAGAACGGUGUGCGCAUUGCGCGCGAAAUCGUUGCCCAGGAGCCAUUGCGCAAAUACCUUCUGGAGGAGACCUUCCCCGGGGAGCGGGCGAACACUGACAAGGACAUUGAGGAGUAUGUCCGGCGCACGGUCCACAGCGGCAACGCGCUUGUGGGCACCUGCGCGAUGGGUACCACGCCAGCCAGUGGCGCCGUGGUGUCUUCUGCUGACCUCAAGGUGUUCGGUGUUGACGGGCUGCGUGUCGUGGAUGCGUCUGUGCUGCCACGCAUUCCAGGCGGGCAAACAGGAGCGGCCACUGUCAUGGUUGCAGAGCGGGCGGCGGCCAUGCUGCUUGGACAGGCGACGAUUACUUCUCGUCGCGAGCCUGCGGCUGUUUAGGUGGCACACGCACGGUCCAUGACGUGCGAGAAGUGAAUCGAGCCGCUAACCAACAGAACGGCAGUGUGAUGGGUUAUGAUAUGGGUUGUGAUCCUUGACCAAAGUAAUCAACGCUAAUUUCUCUGGACCGUUGCUGCUGAGGGAUGAAGUUUAUUUACUUUUUAUCUUUAUGAGGCGGGUUUUGUUCUUGGCCCAUACCGGUUCCCAGCAAUAAUGAAGCCAGUAACCAAUUUUGCAUAAUGGGUAACCGCGUUAUUGCAUGAGGGCUGAGGGGUCGUUUCUGAAGUGCAUAAUUUGUUCUGUUACUGUUACUGGUACGCAAAGGUUGCAGAUGUGUGGCCAAUGAGUUGAAGUGGCAUUUGUUCCUUUCUUAAGUUUCCGCUUAUAUGGAUCGCUUGAGAGUAUCUUCCUCACAUGAACAAUGGCGGGUGCAUAAACCGGUAGGGCGAGGUCUUGCAAUUUUGUGCCUGGCGUUAAAUAAUCUGUAGUUGGCUACAGAAGGCAUAGCAUGAAUAAAAUGUAAACAUUUUGUAAAGAGCAUUAGGAAACAUCAGGCUCGAUAAAAGAGACACGUGAGUCUCAAAAUGCGGUGGAAUCCAUGUUUUGCAUUCGUCUAUACAUAGGAUUAUGCCUCUUAUAACUUUUUGCUCCUCAUGUAAGCACUUGUGUCUC